UUUAAAAUUAAGACUAAAAUAAAUUACUCAAUCACUUUAGUCUAUGUGUUCUAGCGGAAGCUCUCGAAAUCAACUUCAAUAUGAUCCUCAAUUCCUGCACAAAUAAAGUACAGAAAGAAAAACACAAAGAAACAAAAAUUAGCUGGAAAUGCUAAGUAAGGCCCACCCAACCCUGUAAAAUAAUCAUGUUUGAUACAUAUAUAUCAUUUUGUGAAAACAUUUGGGAGGAAACCUCAUGAAACAUUUUAUACAAACUUCUCAUCACAAAAUCACAUGUAAAAUAAUAAUAUUCCAAAUAUAGGUACAUAUUUCCAAAUCAUAAUAGUUCUAAAAGGUCAAUAUACAUAAACCACCAAAAUCCUCGUAAUUAUAUUCCAAAUACUCAUAAUCAAUAUUCAACAUAACCAUAUCAAAUCAAAUUAAUGAUUCUAAAAGGUCAAUAUACAUAAACCACCAAAAUCCUCGUAAUUAUAUUCCAAAUACUCAUAAUCAAUAUUCAACAUAACCAUAUCAAAUCAAAUUAAUGAGUAUUACUUUGAAAGUCUACAAAUAAUUUAAUAAUCUCAACCACAUCAAAUUCAAUCCAAUCCAAACAAAUAUAACCCACUCAAAUAAUCCAAUAUAAUGUAGUUCAAUUCAUCUCCAUCAAGUCCAACCAAAUAAUCCAAAUCAUCUCAAGUUCAAUCAUUCAAACUCAACCAAAUCCAAUGGAAGCCGAACUCCUACCUUAAGUGUGCACACCCCCUAAAAGAGAUUCCAAGCUCUCCGGGUAGUAAAAAGUCCGAGUAGUCGGGAUUUUUCUACCGACUACUACAAUUAAGCUGGGAUGCUCCGCUUUUGGGAGAUCCCUGGUGGAAUUAGACUUAUAGUCAUUACCACUCACCAAAUCCACAUUUCUCCGGGUACUCACAAAAUCAUAAUUCAACCUCAAAGUUCAAGUAUCAUAACCUCAAUCAAAAUGGAUAUGAAAUUCGAAUUCCACAAAAUUAUUCACAAUAAAAUUAUUAACUCCAACUCAUCAUACUCAAAUAUACCAUCAAUAGUCCAAAAUAUAGGAUACUUCAUAAAUAACUCAAAUCUCAAAUCUCAAUCAAAUAACAAUUCAUAUGUAAAUUCAAAUGCUCAAAAUAUCACCCAAUAUAAAAUACUCAAAUCUCAAAUAUAUAUAAUUCACAAUCACAAUUGAUACGUAAAAUCUCAUUAACUAUCAUAUACUCAAAUGAUCUCAAAUAACUAGUCACAAAUAUAUUUAUAUGGGAAAAGCAUGAAAUUUGGUUGACAUAGUACUUACCUCGAAUUGUGAUAAUUCCUAACCGAAGCUUUAACCUCGAUCUUCACCAAAAUUCACCUU